AUGGGCCGUCAUCUAUCUAGUCAUAGUCUCUCGAGAAACCAUACGUGCGCCCCACUAUCUGCCCCUGGACGCUCUGAAAUAUGGUCUCUCCCAACGCCUCCCCCAUCCCUGUCUGAGCUCUCCGUUCUCGCAUGUACCGAUUCUCCUCCACCGAAGACAUCCCAACUCGGCGGAGGCCGGUCUGAGCACAUCACCAACGAGAGAUCAGAUCAGUACUUAUCAAUAGAUCAAUCUCUUCCUAAUAGUCUAUUGCCCCUGUCGUAUACUCCUUCGCACCGUCCCAAUUCCGGGUUGCGUCGUGAAGCCUGGCCGGUGCCUUGGUUUGUCUCCGUUACAUCAUUUCGGAGAGUGCCUGUACAAUCGUUCCAAUCACUUGCCGCCGGUAUUACCCGCUCGCGCAUCACUGGUCUCGGAGCAAAUGUUGGAAUAUGGCUCGCACUUUAUCUUGCAUGCAAUCUGGCACUUACCCUGCAUAACAAGUAUCUUCUGAAUGACUUUCCUUUCCCUUGGCUCCUUACGGCACUUCACGCGUUCUGUGCUGCCCUUGGCAGCUGGAUAUGUGUGUGGCAAGGUCUAUUCGAACCAGCUCCUCUGAACCACCCCACGACUCCGCUCCUGGCUCUGUUUAGCGUAUUGUAUAGUGCGAACAUCGCGGCAUCUAAUGCAUCACUUCAGCUCGUGAGCAUUGCUACCCACCAAGUGGUACGCGCCGCGACCCCGUUGUUUGUCAUUGGCUUCGCAUGGAUCGACCAAUUCCGAACAUAUGGAGAUUAUUCUUACACUCGCGCUGGACUCGCACUUACCCUCCUUGGAACUGCUCUCGCUGCUCUCAAAACAAUGUUGGCUAGCCGCGUCGUUCAGGCCAGAAUCCAGACCUCAUAUACACCACAUGGUGACACAUCAACCCCUGUAUCACCCAAGUCUGUCCACCCGGCCCGAGCCCAUUCUCGACGUGCCUCAAUAAAGCGCGUGGUUGAUCAAAACUACGCUCCAGUUGACGGACCGUCCGGAUCUAACCAUUUGCCGACUGCGGCUACGGCUACGGCUACGGCUCCGGCGCUACACCCUUUGGACGUUCUACUCCGUUUGUCCCCUCUGGCAUGCAUCCAAUGUCUGGUCAUAGCAUUCCUCACUGGAGAAACCCGCCAUUGGUCCAGUAACAUGGAUUUAACUGUCACCAGAUGGCGCACACUUGCCUUGAACGGAGUAUUAGCGUUUCUUCUAAACUAUGUGAGCUUUGUUACGAGUCGUAAGGCAGGGCCGUUGAGCAUGACUGUUGCUGCCAACGUGAAACAGCACCCCAAGUGUGACGCACUCGUGGGUAUCGCGUUAACACUCGGUGGGGGAUUAUGGUACGGAUACCUGGAAGUCAAAGAGAAGAGCCAGGCGGCGGCUAAAGAGUUGGAUGAGAAGGCACUUGUUUGA